AAUGGAUGAAACAUAUAGAAAUUGUUGUCUUUGUGGCAAUGAAGUGACAAAAACUACUGUUAGAAUUCUUUCUUGCCUACACACUCUAUGUAAAGAUUGUCUAUUCUUACUUAGAACGUCGUCGUGUUAUAAUGAAUGUUCUUGUCCUCUGUGCGGAUUCAUCACUAUCUGCGAUCAAGAUAGCAAUGACCAAGAAGAAGAAAUAGCUCUUCCUCCAACUAAUAAUUCUGAACAAUUAGAUCUCAAUAGAGAAGAAACUAGUUUUGAUUGUUUUGAACAAUCAAACGAGCUUGAUAGAAAAGCGUUGCACGAAUUAGACGAUAAAAAGGUGGAUAGUUCUAAAAUUGAAAUAAGAAAUAUUACCAAAAAGUUAGAAAAUAUUAGAGAAAAGCUAAAGCAGUAUUAUACGUUAAGGUCAUCUAAAGAUAAGGAUAUACAUAGUUAUUUAGAAUUUAUGAUUUCGGAAGAUUACUAUACAUUCUUAAAUUUUCUAGAUGAUAAAAAAGAUUCUGAAAUCAGUAUGUUGGAAUGUUUAAAGCAUGACAAUAAGGAAAAUAAAUUGCCAUUUUUAUCAAUGAAUAAUGAAUUCAUUCAAAAUUUUCUUCAAAAAUUUUCCAUAUCAAGCGAACUGAAAGCAAGAAAAGUUAUUAAUCGCUUAAAUCAUAAUUAUAAUUCAUUUGGUCAAAAAUCAAUGAACAAAGUCAUUCAAUCAAUUAGAGGAAGAGAUGGAAGAAUGCAUACUAUUUUGGAGAAUUGUCUUAGAUCAUUAACAAUGAAGAGAGAUGUGUUAUUAAACGAAUCUGUUGAAGAAACUGUAUUUGUUAAAGUAACUGGUGCCGAAAAUAUAUUAGGUAUUCUGCCGAAUUUUGGACCAUCAUCUUCUUUGAUAGUUAGCAGUAAAGAAUUAAAUCAAACAUAUGCUAUUCGUUCUAUAAAUACUAAUGGAGACGCUCUUAUUUUAGGAACUUCAAAAGAUCCGUUCAACACUGUUUUCUCACUUGAUAAAGAUAUUUGCUAUAUUCAAAUGGGUUACUUUUGGUAUCUAAAUCUGUCCAAACGUAGGACAGUCAAACUGUUAGAUGGAAUAGUCGAUGCUGCUUGCGAUAAAUUAAAUAUUCUUCAUUGCUUAACGAAAGACGCUUAUAUAGAAUAUUACGAUGAAAAUUUAUCUGUAGAGACUUUAAGUCACAAAAGCAAUCCAAAGGAAUCCUUUAAUUUUAAAGCUUUUUGUCUAUUACGCUCUUCUUGUUUUAUUGCAAUAGAUGAGAAUUGCUCAGAAUCGAGUUGGCUAUGGAUAUACGAUGGCUUAAACUCUGAAAGUAGUUUUCAACCGUUUGAAGAAUCUAAAGAUCUUAAAUUUCAACCUAAAAUAUUAGACAGACCAUCUUCAAUUUGUUCAAUAGAUGAAAAUACAAUCAUCAUUGGCUAUACAAACUUAAAAAAAUUGGAAAUUUUUAAAGUAGAUGAAAGGGAAAAACAGCAAGUUAUCGACAUCGAAUUUCAUUCAAAUAUCAUCAAAUAUAAUCCAUCAACAAAACAACUCUAUAUUACAGAAAAAAACUCCAAUAAAAUACAUUCUAUAAAGCUUUAA